AUGACUUCGGAGCUUGGCCUACUGAUUCUGCUGAUGCAACGCUCUGUUGGUUGUGUUUUGUCCCACUUCUACAUGCAACUAGGCAAAUCAGGAAGCGCUUUGACAGUUCAGACAGGCAGCCGAGAUCAGAUCAACAUUCUCACAGAUAAUUCAAAGGUCAAGAUUAAACUCGAAAUGUCAUUCAUUUAUAAGCCCGCCGCCAGUCUGGAUCCUAUUCGUCACCAUUCCUACUCGUAG